AUGCCUCCUCCGAACGUUAAGCGGUUGAUCUUGACUGCCGCAGUCACCUCAAUUACAAUUACGGGCACGCUGUAUGGUGCAGGUAUCAAAACAAAUCAAGAAAUUGCAGAGACAGCAAAGCAACGACAAGAGUCUACAUUCGAUGAACAGAUGAAAGCUUUACAAGGAAUGCGCUCAAAUCUGACAGCUCGGAGAGGCAUCCUCGAGAAACAAAUCCGAGACCUUGAUGCAAGGAUGCUGGAGAAGCAGCAGAAAGGCAUUGGCGGAGACAAGCAGCAGUCACCCAAAGAACAAUGA